CGACGCGUCCGGCGCAACAUGGGCGGAAACGCUACCUGGCCCAGCAAUUGUUAUGAGUUACCUACAAAACAUAUGGAUUACGCUCCUGUGAUAGACUGUAAGAAUGCUCUUGCCCCCUGGACAAACACUGCUACGCCUGCAACGCGCUCUUCCAGCCCGAGGCGUUCGGGCUGCGCCGGUCAAGAGUACCCGGCUUAAAAUGGGCAUAGUUCGGGCAGACAACGCAGCAGAGCGACUGCGCAAGAGCCUGAAAGAACAGGGGUUUUCGAACAAGCAGGCUGCUGCUCUGCUGAAAACGUUCUCAGGCACCAAUGACCUGCUCAAGCAGUCAUCAUUUGAUGUGCGCAUGAAUGACCUCAGCUCAGCGGUGGGCAAGCUCAACUCGGAGGUGGGCAAGCUCAGCGUAGAGGUGGGCAAGCUUAGCGUAGAGGUGAAGACGCUCAGCUCAGCGACGACACAGACCACCGAUGGGAACAACCUCAGCUCAGCGAUGAACGUGCGGACCACCCGCAUUCAGGUGUUGCUGGUAGUCAUCAUCGCGGGCCGGCUGCUUCUCUCAAGCCCGGAGGCCCUCGCUGACAGCUUUAUCGGCAAGAUGCUGACGGCGCUGCUGUCAAUCCUGGCAAAUUGACUCAAGGGAGAUCACCGCACCGGCAACCACAGCCGGCACCAUCCUGCACCUCUUCCUCUUCUUUCAUGCGUCAGCGGCACGCCACGCGUCCGUGCGUGUGCGUGCUUUCACCUGCGUUCGUAGCCCAGCCCGCAGCCCCCACGGCUGAAGGGCGAUCAGCUCUUCACGCCGGCAGUUUUACGCAGCAGCAUCGACCUGCAGCAGUUCGUCCUGGGCGUGUCAACCUCGGCCUACGCCGUGCCGUCAGAGCCGCAGCGCAGGCAGCUUUCUUACCAACAGCUCAGUCGUCGGCAGCGUGCUCCCACAGCGGCACCGGCACCGGUGGUGUUUGACGCCCGCUUCAUCAGCUGCGUGCAUCCCAGGCUUCGCCGCACGCGCCCAUGGCGGCGGCGGCUGUCCGGCGGCUUCGCUGCGCACUUAAAGGCGGCGGCGGCACAUCCCCACUCCCCAGCUACUUCGUCGUGCGCGCUCGGGAGGGAUUGAAUCGAAGGGGUGAUCGUGCUGCGAAUGCCUAUGGAGGUGUCGGGAAGCGUAGCUUGGCUGCUCACGUAGGGGCGCACCGGGCAGCUGCCGCCAUGCACACAGGCAGCACAUCAGCGCGCAAGGCAUGGUGUUUUGGAGCUGGAAUCCUUGUCCAGGCCAGUGGGAUUUCGGUCUGGGCGCAUGGUUCCCAGGGGCGGGGGUCGAGGUUUAUCAAAGUGUUGGGACUGGAAGAGCCUUGGGAUGGCCUUGCACGGUGCAAGCGUGUGUGCUCACAUGAGUGGGUAUAAGAGAGCUGCAUGAGCCAGAAGUGUAUGGCACUUUGCAGACAUGGAGUCACGUGUGGAACUGCUACGGUAGUGUUGAUUACGGUACCAAAGAUUCCGGAUGCGCACGGCUGAAUGUAGAGUAAUCGGCCCUUUCAGUGGGCGGCGGGGCAUUGCAUUACACACAGGUUUGCCCGGUAUUGUGUGGCGGCUGUACAUCAGUGCAGUAUGUCAGGCAGGUGGCAGUUGUGCGGCGUGUGGGAAGAUGGCGCAGAAGCGUGUGCUGUGCGCGCGUGCUGACAUGAUGAGCAGGUUGCUUCAUGGGAGGGUGUGCGUGAGCGCAUGGAGAGGGUACGUUGUACACGGUGCACACAGAUGCAUCAGGGAUACGGUACAGGGGUUUGGGCUGAGCGGCUAGCGACGGGCGCACACUGGAGCGCAACUGCAGAUAGCGGCCUGCAGCUGAAGGGCUGAGUGGCCUUGCAGUUCAGAUUGCAUUGGUUACAAGAGGGACCUGCUGACGCAGUUCACGAGCCAGUGACGUGGAGAACGAACAUCCUGCUCUGGACCCCAGGGGCGUGCCGCCUGCAACAGUUCAGUAGCCUGUGUUGCAGAAGCGUUGAUGAUACAUGUGUAAGAUUCUAGUUU